CCCCCGGGAGCCGCCUCGGGAUGAGCGCGGCCGCUCCGCCUCAGGCCGCCGGGGCGCGGGGGCCUCCCUCCGGGGAGCGAGCCGCUGCCGGGACGGCUUCCCUGCGCGGAGCGGCGCGCCGGCCCUCCUGAGGCAGGAGGCGGAGAAGGAGGCGGCCUGCUAGCUGCUCCGCCGACCGGAGAUUGAACCGCCGUCACCCGACGCCUCGCCUCGCUUCGCCCUCGCCGCCUUCGCGAUGACGACGCCGGCGCUGCUGCCGCUCUCGGGCCGCCGCAUCCCCCCUCGCAACCUGGGCCCGUCGUCGUCGUCGUCGUUCCCGCACCACAGGGCCACCUUGAGGCUCUCGGAGAAGUUCAUCCUCCUGCUGAUCCUCAGUGCCUUCAUCACGCUCUGCUUCGGGGCCUUCUUCUUCCUGCCGGACUCCUCCAAGCACAAGCGCUUCGACCUGGGCUUGGAGGACGUGCUCAUCCCCCACGUGGACGCCGGCGAGGGGGGCAAGAACGCAGGAGGGGGGUACCUGGUCCACGGGCAGGGCCGCGACCAGCACAGGCACAGAGAAGAAGAGGAACGCUUGAGAAAUAAAAUUCGUGCAGAUCAUGAAAAAGCUUUGGAGGAAGCAAAAGAGAAACUGCAGAAGUCACGGGAUGAGAUCCAGGCUGAAAUUCAAACUGAGAAGAACAAAAUAGUAAAGGGUUUGAAGAACAAAAGCAGCAAGCCCUUGCCACCGGUCCCAGUACCAAAUCUUGUAGGGAUAAACAGUGGAGAUCCAGUGGAUCCAGACAUCCGAGAAAAAAGGGACAAAAUUAAAGAGAUGAUGAAGCAUGCCUGGGAUAAUUACCGGCAAUAUGGAUGGGGACAUAAUGAACUGAAACCCAUUGCUAGGAAAGGACAUUCCACCAACAUAUUUGGAAAUUCACAGCUGGGUGCCACUAUAGUAGAUGCAUUGGAUACCCUCUACAUUAUGGGCCUUCACGAUGAAUUCAAAGAAGGGCAGGAGUGGAUUGACAAUCACCUUGAUUUCAGUGUGAAUUCAGAGGUAUCUGUCUUUGAAGUCAACAUCCGCUUCAUUGGUGGCUUGCUUGCGGCCUAUUACCUUUCAGGUCAGGAGGUUUUUAAGUUAAAAGCGGUCCAACUUGCAGGAAAACUUAUUCCUGCCUUCAAUACACCCACAGGGAUUCCUUGGGCAAUGGUGAAUUUGAAAAGUGGUGUAGGUCGCAACUGGGGCUGGGCGUCUGCUGGCAGCAGUAUCCUAUCUGAGUUUGGCACCCUUCACAUGGAAUUUGUACACCUGAGCUACUUGACUGGCAACCCUGUCUACUAUGAUAAGGUCAUGCAUAUUCGUAAGCUACUUCAAAAAAUGGACCGCCCAAAUGGGCUUUAUCCAAACUACUUGAAUCCAAGGACUGGGCGCUGGGGGCAGCAUCACACUUCCAUGGGUGGGUUGGGAGACAGUUUCUACGAGUACUUGCUGAAAGCAUGGUUGAUGUCAGAUAAGAUGGACAUGGAGGCAAGGAAAAUGUAUGAUGAUGCUAUUGAGGCCAUAGAGAAGCAUCUUAUCAGAAAGUCCAAUGGAGGCCUAACUUUUAUUGGAGAGUGGAAGAAUGGGCACCUUGAGAGAAAAAUGGGCCAUCUCACAUGCUUUGCUGGAGGAUUGUUUGCUCUUGGAGCAGAUGGUUCCCGAGAUGAUAAGGCUGGACACUACCUACAGCUUGGAGCAGAAAUUGCACAUACGUGUCAUGAAUCAUAUGACAGGACAACAUUAAAACUGGGUCCUGAAGCUUUCAAAUUUGAUGGUGGCGUGGAGGCAGUAGCAGUACGGCAAAAUGAAAAAUACUACAUUUUACGACCAGAGGUGAUAGAGACGUAUUGGUAUAUGUGGCGAUUCACACAUGAUCCGAAAUACAGGCAGUGGGGCUGGGAGGCAGCACAGGCGAUUGACAAGUACUGCCGAGUGAGUGGUGGAUUUUCUGGGGUCAAGGAUGUCUACUCUUCAGCUCCUACAUAUGAUGAUGUGCAGCAAAGCUUCUUCCUUGCUGAAACACUAAAGUAUUUGUAUCUGCUGUUCUCCAAUGAUGAUCUCCUACCUUUGGAUCACUGGGUUUUUAACACAGAAGCUCACCCCUUGCCUGUUUUACAUCUAGCCAACACAACACUUUCAGGAAAUCAUGCAUAUCGAUAGAAACUAUUCCAGGACAAGGACAAAAUACUUCGUUUUAGCUGUGUUUUGUUUACAUGGACCACUUCAGACUUAAGGCUUGAGAGAAGACUGGCAUUGUUUAAUUAAUGAAUAACUUUGGAUGAAGAGAGGAUCAAAACUGCACUCUUAAGCAUGUACAUAAAUUUAAAAAUUCCAUUUUAUACAUGACCAAAACUAUCGAGUGCAGUGUGUGUCAGCGAAAGACCUUGUAUAUUUGCAACUGAGAAGGUGGAGCAUGGUGUUUUUUUAACAAUUCAAAGCCUAUCGGAACAUGUUUCCUGCCCUAUGACAG